AUGGACAUUUCCAGCAGCACUCAAGCCGCCCAAAAUACAAGCGAAAUCUUUGUUGAUCCGCUCCAAGGGAAUCCGCUCGUCUGCUACGUACAUAGCGAUGUCAAAGACCGUUUAGAACUCGUGAAACAAAUCCAGAAUCAUGGAGGCAGCACUUCAACUUCUUACACAAAUGCGACCUACAUACUAGUCGAUGCAACGUCAAUUGAGGGGCACAACCUCUAUAUCAUGUUCAAUAACACCCGCAAGUCCAAGACGGUGCUAGAUUCGCGAUGGGUCAGCGAAUGCAUCGAUGCAGGAAAAGUAUUAGGCUUUAGAGAUGACUGGGGAGGCUGUCGCGUCACUGGAAAAGAAAGGGAGGAGUUCCUCAAUAAGCAGCAAGAAGAAGCUGAACAGAUUGACGAGUCACCGGAAAGGGACGAGCUUGGGGAUGAAUCCGACGUUUUGGACCCCGGCUCUACCCAGGACACGCCCACAAGUCCUGAGCACCCUGGUGCCAAUUCCGAAGCUGGAAGACUUCCUCAUACAAUGUAUUAUGGUGGCCACCCGCUGAUGUAUGGCUAUCCGGCUCGUCCAGGAAACGGCGCAGCUCCUAUACCUACCCCGAUGCCCUGGCCAUAUCUUCCAAACGGUCAACCCAUGCCUUUUGCGAUGGGAAUGCCGAUGUUUGCUCCUCCUUUCAUGCAUCAGGAAGGGCAUGAAGGUCAACCUGCAGCAGUACCAGGUGCCUACCCGACCUACGAUAUGCAACAGCUACAAGCCCAGGCACAAGCCUAUUCAAACGCCUGGAUGUCAUUUUACCCACAAAUGGAUCCCGCUGCGUAUGCAAGGCAGUUAGAAGAAAGCGGCUUUCAGCUCGCCGUUGAGGCCGUACAAGGACAAGAGCAAACAGCGGUGGCGAGCAGCGUGAAAUUGGCACUGAAAACGUCGGGUCGUCCAGCGCGUUCACCAACUCCACCGACCAGAGUAGUCAAGUCCAUGUACGGUGGAAAUCUGUUCACCGAAGACGACGUUCAGUACCUCAAGCGAUAUAUUGACUAUUGUCAAGAGCAAGGUCUCUUGCUUAGUUUACGAGAAAUAUGUGAACGACUUGCGGCAAAGGCGCGCAAUUAUCUUUUCGCUCCUCAUCAUACUUUCUUCAGCUGGAGGCGAUAUUGCAACAAACAUCAGAUUCGACUGGGGGCAUACACUCUUGAAGAUCGCAACUCCGGGAAUAAUAGCGGCGAAGAGGAACAGAGUAGCGAUGAAGAAGCAAAUGGCCAGUAUAGGUCUAUACCUAGCACAUCGACGCCCUCAGGCAGGAGAUCCCCAACGCCUCCGAAAACUCUCUACAAGAGCACCACAGGAAAAGGUGUUGCAUUCACUCCUGAAGAUGUCAAGUUUCUCAUGGACUAUCUUAAGUAUCGAAGGGAGUCCACCGAGAAUUUGGACAUGGUCGAAUUCUGGAAUGACCUUGCACGCAAGGCGCCCCACCACUCACGAGCAUCUUGGAUGAAGUACUGGAGGCGACAUCGUCAUGAGCUUGAACCACAUGAAGACGACAUACAAGUCCCCGUGGUCAGUAGCCCAUCGAAAAAGGCGCGGUAUACUCGCAAGGAUGACAUUCUCCUCGCUCAUUAUUUCAUCGAAUUCGAGAAUUCCGAGACGGCAAUGAAGAAGACGUCCGACAAACUGUUCCAAGAAUUCGCUGUCUUGCAUCCUCAUCACCCGUGGAAAGGUUGGCAAGAGCAUCAUCGACUGCACAAAGCGCAGAUCGAUCAUAUUAUAAAACAAAUCAAAGAAGGCGCUCUUCUACGAGAGUAA